GUAUCGCACUAUGGAAAAUCAAUAAGUUAUUAGUACCGUAUUUGCUGCACUAUGGUUGCAGGCGUCCGUCAAAUACUGGCGUCGCUCCGAUCCCGAAAAUACUGUAAUAAAAGCGCCCCAAGGAUGUAGUGUGCCUACUGCCUAGUAACUACCGCACUAUCAGUUGCUUAAUACUGAUGAAUUUUCCAAAUGUGGUGAUGCAGUUCAGUCCGUAUCCGACAACAUCUGGCAGUAUUCCUAACUAUUUUAAGAAGUUAAAAAACCAUAAAAAUUAAUGCAGUAUUCGACUCUGUAGUACUUCCGACUCAGCAGGUAAACCAGGAAUAAAACAUGCAUAAGCGGAUCGAUCCAGUUCGACAGGCUUUCAUCGACUCAGAAGGACAUCCACCACCUUUGGUCGGCGCUCCUUGUACCAUCAAAGUGCAGUGCACAGACAAAAAGACUGGACAAUGUCAAAUGAAAGAUUUUGCCGGGGUCAUCCAGAAGGCAUGCGAAAACCAUGGACCAUUCGAAGUAUUUGUCUACAAGCUUGGUUAUAGAAUAACUGUUCCGUAUGAUCAAGUGACCGUGCGCAAAGAAGCGUUCGAACCGACUUUUGUUUAUAACCCUAGUGAUUUUAAUGGUGGAAACUCCUGUUGCAAUAAGUCAAACAAAAAAUGAUAAAAAAAUACUCAGGAAUCGCAGGAGUGCUCGCUUUGAACUGAUCUCCGUUUUUCGUUCCAAAUUAUCCGUGCAACGAUAAAAUUUUGCAGCAAAACUGACCAUUAAUGUCCCUGCUGCAUGUAACGCACGCAUUAUUAUGAUACAAUGGCAUGGAUAUUUUUAAUUUUUCACAUAGCAUUUCCAUGGAAGCCCAGGUGGGGCUGUAACACAAGAAGAACGUUACUGUAUUUAGAAAAUCUUUUUUGAUGAGAAUAUUGCAAUGAGUAACAACGAAAAUCUAUUACGGUAUAACAUCAGAAAAGAAUUCGAAGCCGCUAAAAGCAGAGAAGCCCAGCUUAGUUUAAUUCGUCAUCUGGUUACUGACGUCAAAGAACAGCUCGCUACAUCUGCUACCAGCACAUCUCAGCCGUCAAUUCACAGCGCACCACGUGUGUAUUACGGCCCAGCCUCCAGCGCGACCUUACUGUGCAACACAAUAAGACCUGCGUCUCGGAGACAAUUUGGAAAUGUAAAAUUUUUACCCUUAAGCAGACCAUCAAAAGCUUUCAAUGCACUGCCAAGACCGAAUACACGCACGUCGUUUACCGGUAAUUUCAGUGAAUAUGGGGAUAACAAAAUCGACUUCACGAAGGCUUACUUGCCCGGAAAGCGGAUUGGCGCGACAUCAGACGAUAUUGUAUCAAAAUCCAGAAACCAAAGCUCUAGUUCGGUUGACUUCAAGCGACUGAAAAACAUAACCCGUAAUGAGUUUAGAAGAGUCGACCAGUUUGAAAAGGAGAUAAAGCCUGCUGGAUCACGAGGAUCAACGGCAGAACAAAGGGCAGCAAAGGAUACUCUGACCACUGACAACGAAACCUGUCGACGAUGUCUGCAGCGGGAGGAGCGAAACAUAUCAGCGGUUGUUCCAAGGAAGACUGGUUCAUUACAACGAGCAUUCGAGGCUAGCAAGGAACGAACCACGAAAAACGUUCAAUCAGAACGUCUAACUACUGCAUCUGCUUCUGGUAGUGCAGUAGAAUACGAAUACGUUCCCGGAUCUGUUGGCGAUAAAACUGCAUGUCAUUUCAAAUCUACCCUUAAUCAACAACUGAAAGCGGAAUUAAUCGGCCAAACACCAACCACCAGCGGUCGCGUCAACAGGGAAAGCGCACAGCUCAAUGCGUCCACAAUCGGGAAGGACCGUCCUACGGAACCGCUUACAGCCACUGCUAAAAUCAAAGUGCCAAUUAAUAGCGCUUCUCUCAAUGAAAAAGAAAAGUACAGCAAGAGCUCCGCUGCAGAACCCUCAUCAAAGCAGAUCCAAGAAAUAAUCCCUUCAGCCCAUACCACAAGGCCGAACAAACGACAAGAUAUGGUACCGCAGAAACAUAUAAUAAACAGAAACAUAAAAUACUUUACCGACCAGGGAUUGACACCACUUCUUUGCGCUUUCCGCAAUCUGAACUGGAAGGAUUAUGCUAACAAAGGCCGAUGGAAUAUGUUCUGGGGAAACGUUAACACGGCACGUGCACUGUAUCAGCCAGGACAACGGCAUUAUUUCACGGAUGAUCAACUGGUGAAUCAUUUUCCAUCGUGCUAUCAGUUAUCGCGGAAGGAUAAUAUGACGAAAAAUAUCAAGAAAUACAGGAAUGAUUUGUACCAUGCGAAUGACCCAUUAGGAAAAAAGGAUAGGCAUGGGAAUUUUGUCUACCUGGAUCUGAUCGCUCCGACAUAUCUGCUGCCUUUUGACUUCAAUUCGUUUGUCACGGAAUUUCGCAAGCAUGGUGGUUUAUGGAUCGUGAAACCAUGUAACGGAUGCCAAGGCCAAGGUAUCUAUUUAGUCAAUCAACUUGAACAGGCGAAGCGCUGGCAAGAACGUGCUAUCGCCGAAGUGGCUAACAGUGUCCAAGAUAACGAAGCCUACCAAGGAUUCCUGAUUUCCCGCUACAUAGCCAACCCUUUGCUGAUUGACGGAAAGAAGUUUGAUCUGCGGCUCUACGUGCUGGUUACUUCAUUUAAACCCCUGCGUUGUUAUUACUACAGGCAAGGCUUCUGCAGAUUCUGUGCUAAGCGCUACAGUCCCGAUAGUGCCACUAUCGACGACAAAUUCAUGCAUCUGACCAAUGUGGCGAUCCAAAAGCAGAAAAGCGAUUACAAUCAUUCUCACGGAAAUAAAUGGAAUGUCAAGACGUUUCGGCUGUAUUUGGAACGAGUCUUUGGCCGUGGUCGGACCGAUGCGCUGUUUGACCGCAUUUUUUGGAUGAUCGUGCAGUCACUUAAAGCAGCACUACCAUUAAUGGAUAGUGAACGACAUUGUUAUGAAAUGUACGGAUAUGACUGCCUCAUUGACGCGCACUUGAAGCCGUGGCUACUUGAAAUCAAUGCAUCGCCGUCGCUGGAAGAAUCCACACCCAUUGACCGUAUUAAUAAAACCAAUUUGCUGAUGGAUACGAUGAGAAUGGCAAUGUACGAGAGAUGCCCGGGUCUCAUAGGAAUAAAGGAGAAACGACCGGACGGGUCCGACAUGCCCCUGGGCGAUUAUGAGAUUCUGUAUCUGGAACCGCCAAGCCCGCGUCCACAUUUAGAAAAGCGGAAAGCCGAUGCUGUCAUCGCUGGGCAAAGAGAUAGCAGUAUUCAGGGUCGGCCUCGAUGGAAUAUCUAACAAGAGCUGUGGCUCUUUCCUUCCAUCAUUUUCAAUUUACCAUGUAAUUUGUAAUGUGUUCAAUUUUAUUGUGUUUGAACUGCGCUAAGCCGUUUAUUUUAUUGUUGCAACAGACUGGAAAUUUUAAGUGCUGUAUCAAGAAAGAAGCUG